GUUUGAAAUCUGCUAUUUGGAUCAAAUAAUUCGAAAGUUCUGAUCACUGUAUCGUUAACAGAAUCUGAUUGCAGGUCCUCGGUUUCCAUCCAAUGUCGAUCCUAGGGUCAAAUAUGCCGAGCGAGGUUGGUCUACGGCUGCUUCUUUGUCCACUUGGUUCCAACAUUGUUGUAAGAACAGCAUGCUGUUCUGUGGGCGUUGUUUUACCUGUUUACUCUACGUUUAAAGCGAUUGAGACGAAUAAUCAGGAUGAUCAACAAAAGUGGCUUUUAUACUGGGCAGCAUAUGGGACUUUUAGCGUUGCAGAAAUAUUUGCAGACAGAAUCAUAUACUGGUUUCCACUUUAUCAUCACAUGAAGUUUGCUUUUCUUGUUUGGCUUCAGCUUCCAACUACCAAUGGUGCUAAACAGUUAUACAUGAGUCAUUUACGUCCUUUCCUUCUGAGACAUCAAGCUAACCUCGAUCAACUUGUGGGGAUCUUGUACAGCGAAACGGGUAAAUUCGUUAGUGCUCACCAAGGAGAAUUUCAGUUCAUGAAGACAAUUGUCAUGAAGAUCUUGAUAUCAGCAAAGCAUUUGGUGAACAAUAGCAGUCAACCAGUUCCACCACCGGAGGGAAGAACAAUCACAGGCCAAAGAGAACAAGUAGAGAGUUCCAACUCCGAUGACAGCAAUGAUGAUGAUGAUGAUGAUUUUGUAGCUUUUCCUGACAGCUUUUAACAUCAACCUAUGGAAACAACUUUUGGAGAUACCAAGAAUUUGAGACUGUUCCAUACAAACCAGUUGGAUUAUCAAUGGAUAGUGGAAGGCUGGAAGCUUUGGAAGGAUGGUUAAUCGUGUUGGUCAGCUAACUGUGUAUAUU